AUGGAUAAUGUAAUAAAUCUUAUUAAUCAUUUACUCAAUACAAAACAUUCAAUUGAUACUGUAGAUUCUAUUAUUGAUCGUUUACAAAUCUCGAAGGGCUAUCUUUUACAAUUACUAGACGAUUAUUCAUAUAAAGAUUAUUUUCAAUUAUUGAGACCAGCAAGUAAUCGUAACCAAGCUACUGAGAAAAUUGCUCUAACAUUAGAUCUCUUUUGUUGUACACAUUAUGCAAAUCAAUGUAAAAAUGAAUCGUGUCCAUUUUUGCAUUUAUGUCCGUAUAACAUAAGACCAAUGCAUCCUAAAUGUACGAAUAAAACUUGUCCAUAUGAUCAUGAAGUGUUAAAAAGUAUUCACAAUCGAAAAAUUAUUGAUGUACAUGGUCUCGCUUUUAUGCCGGCAAGUAUUCUACAUGAAUUAACUCGUGCAAGUGCCGAUCCACUUCGAUCGUUUUGGGUAUGUACCGAUCAUGGAAAAAAAGGUGGCUGCUCAAAAAAGUACUCUUGUGAAAAAUUUCAUUAUUGUUAUUUUGCGUUAAUUGAUGGUUGUACAAAACCAUAUUGUCAACACGCGAUAAAUGAUGCUUGUCUUUCGUAUUUUCGAAAAAAAGAAUUAAUUGAACAAAAUCAUGACGAUAUUUUGGAUGCAUUCAGAAAAGUUCUUCGACAACGAAAACCAGAUUUUAUUACUAAAGUCAGCACAUCUAAUAUUUCAUCUUCGAAUUCAAAAUUUUUAGUUUCAAAUGAUACUCAGCGUAAACCAGUAGCUAAUCAACAACGUGGUGCAGCUGCAUCUUCAACACGUUCCAUGCCAUCAGUAUCGGCAAAAGAAUUAGCUCCCUUUGAUCAGAUAUUUUCAUCGAAAUCUGAUACACCAGAACCAUUGCCUGAACAUGAUACAGACAUUCUUCUACUAGAAUGCCAUGAUACAAAUGAAUAUGAUGAUAUUGAACAUUAUUUAUCUAAUGAACUUGAAUGUCCAAUUAAAUUAAUCAUGUCUAAAAAUAUCUUAUCAGAAAGUAAAGAAAAACUAAGUUCAAAUCUUCGUACACAACCUAUUUAUUACUACUGUCCGACUAAAAAGCCUGCUGAUAUUUUUCGAUUGCUUCGUUGGCAAAAUACCGAAAAAAAACCAACUGAACCACUAAUUGUCUAUGCUAAUGUACGUGAUGCGCAUGAUGCAGCUGAACAAAAUUUUGAAAAUAAUCAAUUUUGCAUAUUUCGUAUACAUAUUUUCUAUGAUGAUAUUACGAAUGAAAGUGUAUCAUCUGGGUUUUGUCUUCGAUUGAGCGACCCAUCUACAAUGUGCUUUGACCGUAUGUGGGUUUAUGUAUACAAUCUUUAG